AUGGCGCCCAAGCUGACCGACGAGGAGAAGUACCCGGAGCUGUUCCAGCCUGAUGCCAAUAUCGAUCGACGAACAUGCCGACGUACUAUGCCGAUGGAGGUCCUAGGCCUGGGGCUCUCUAGAACUGGAACCACAUCGCUGCGGCACGCCCUGAUGAUCUUAGGGCACACCGAGGUGUACCACGGUUUUCGGCAGUUCAACAAUCUCAGCGAGUGUGCCUUUUGGAUCGAAGGCUUUAAGGCCAAAUAUGAUCCAGCACCGGGUCAGAAACCAUUCGGUCGUGAGGAAUUCGACCAGCUCCUUGGGCAUUGUUCAGCCGCUUGUGACACACCUACCAACGCUUUUGGGCCCGAGCUGGUUGCCGCGUACCCAGAUGCGAAGGUCAUCUUGGUGGACAGAGACAUCUCAAGCUGGAUGAGAAGUUUCGACGAGACCAUCAUCGAGUGGUUCUUUGAAAACAAAGUUCUCCGGGCCCUCUCAAUCCUGAGAGCACCUCAAGUCGCGGAAAUCGAUGAUGUGAUGCUGGUAUGGCUCAAGUACGUCUUCAAGUGUCGCAACAGGCAAGAGUUCCGGGCGAAUGCACGAGCCGUGUACCUCGACCACUACAAGACAAUGCGGGAGGUAACGCCUCCAGAGAGGUUGCUUAACUUCAGACUCGACCAAGGUUGGGGGCCGUUGUGUGAGUUCCUGGGAAAGCCAGUGCCGGAUGUUCCCUUCCCGCACUGUAACGACACGCAGGCGUACCAUGAGCAGCUUGAGGUUGUGGUAAGGAGGGCAGCUCGCCGGAUGCUGCAGAAUGCAGCGCCGUAUAUUGUCGGGACACUCGCCAUGAUUGCAGCAAUUUUGAUCAAAUACAGGGGAUUCCGUACGAGAAGAUUGAGUUAA